AUGACCGUCGUGGUCAACGGCCAGCCCGAGUAUCCACCCAAUGGCAACUUCAAGUUCAUGUACACCGAGCCCAUCAUCACCGAGGUCACUCCAUCAUUGGGACUGACCCAGGGCACCACAACUCUCCAAAUCAAGGGUCUCAGUCUACACACUGCCACUGGCGUCAGCAUUGGCUUUGACUUCUACGACAACACACAAUUCCAAAUUGGCCUCUUUAGCACCAUCACACUCUUGGCACGUCCACAAGCUGGACCCACCCAACCACUCGCAGUCUCAGUCACAGCUCACAGCUACCGAUCCAACGCCGACAAGACAUUCCAAUAUGUUGAACCAACAAUAUCUAUACCAUUGGGAAUGGGAUGGUCCAUUGGUGGAUAUCAGGUGGGCGUCCAGAUGGUGAAUCCAUUGUAUCCACCAACUGUAUUCAUUGGCACACAACAAUGUCCUAUUACAACUGUGUUGCCAGCAGACCUUACUGGUAACGUCGGCUUCCAAUGCACAGUUCCACAAUACAUGGCAAUGGAUGCUUCAGUCAAAGGUGUAUUGCCAAUCAGUUUCACAGUCAACAAUCAACAUUAUGCCACGACCAAAACAUACACCUACACUGUGCCCAAGAUUAACUCUGUGACUCCAAACUUUGGAUGGGCUCAGGGUGGAACUGAGAUUGAGAUACAGGGUGAUUUCAUGUUGACAAGUGAUCCAAAUAGAUUCGUGGUUCAGAUUGGAACUCAGACAUGUACCAUCAUACCUGGAGCAUCGACUGCCACAUCACUCAAGUGUAUCACACCAACAUGCGUCGGUCCAGUUAACCCGGCUGGUGAAAGACUCAUCCUAUUCAUCGACGGACAAAUAUCCGAGAACUACAUCUCAUACUUCUACCAAAUCCCAACCUUUGACUUCAAUCAAAAGUUUGGAUAUGCUAGUGUUGGAGCCAAGUUUACAUUGACAUUGCCAGUGAAGAAUAAUGCUAAUGAUCCAUUGCCCAUUGUUAGAAUGAUUGGUGUUGGUAACUGUGUGUGCACACCUCAGGUCACCAACGACGUGCUCGACUGUGUCGCGCCAAAAUUAAUUACAACAAACUCCAUUACUGCUGUGGAUUUGGAGUUGGAGUAUCCCAAUGGCAUCAAGGUGCCAUCGAGCAGCCAGUUCAGUCUGGUCGUUCCAACACUCGACGCGAUAGAACCCAACCUUGGAGUGAUGGCUGGUGGCUCCAUCAUCCAGCUCAAGGGCACCAACUUCAUUCUAGGAUCCGUUGUCGCCAUCACUGUUGGCACAGUCACUGUCCCACCACCCAAGAUCAACCAGAUCUCUGACACGAUCAUCAGUUUCGAGCUGCCUCAAAGCAUCAAAUUCAACUCAAUCGAUCUCACCGACAAGUGCAUCAUCAAUCUCAAGCUCAGCAACCAAGAUGCAUACUCUGCUCUCUCGACCGCCAAGGAGUUCUUCUACUAUCAGCCAACUGUUGAGUCUGCUAAUCCUAGCACAGUGAUUAAUGGUGGCGUGGUCGAACUUGAUGGCCAAUUCCUCAAGCACACUCAGUCUGUGAUGGUGGCUACUGUUCCAGGACGUGAUCCCGCAUUCUCUGCAGCAUGCACAUCUGUUGAGUUGUUUGACAUCACAAUGGACUCAUUCGAUCUCAGUGGCAAAGUUCGUUGCCAACUCCCCACUAUCCCCAUUCUCGGAUCAUCCGAGCAACUACUCAUCUAUUCCAUGAUCGAUGGCAAGCCAUCCACCAAGCUAGCCAUCACUAUUGUUAACCCCGUUUUGGUAUCGAUCACACCUCCAGUUGGACUUAACAAGGGCACGACUAAGGUGGUAAUCAAGGGUCAGUACUUGACCAAGGUUGAUAAGCUCACUAUUGGCGCCGAAGUCUAUAACUUGGCCCAGAUCGAUGUGAUCGAUGAUGCUACCAUCGAGCUCGACGUCAAGGAGCCCGCUGCAGCCCUCGACAUCACCAACCCAUUCGCCGUCACAGCCAGUGCUGGCACGAUCAAUUCCAACAACGACAAGACCUUCCAAUACAAAACACCAACAAUCACACUCACUCAAACACAUGGAUGGUCCAUUGGAGAUGGUAUUGUGGACGUUACGAUCGUAGACCCAUUGUACCCACCAACUAUAUUGAUUGGCGACUUGUUGUGUGUGCAACAGGGUGUGUUGCCAGUAGUCUACCUUGGCAACUACCAGGUCCAAUGCAAGACCCCACCAUACACCGCCACAGACGGCUCGACAUCUGGUCCACGCCAAGUCAGCUUCAUUGUUAAUGGCCAACGCUACAACAGCCCCACUCCCUACAACUAUGUCCUACCAUCGAUCACCGGUCUGAGCAUGCCCAGCAGUGUGACCAAUGGCGGUGCCAACAUCGACAUCGAUGGUCUCAACUUCAUGGCCCCUGUCGUAGUGUACGUUGGCGACACGGGCGUGCUGUGUGGCGCUCCCACCUUUGUGUCCAACAUACUGAUCACGUGUGACUUGCCCGCAUUCCCAGCGGGCGCCACCACGAUCCAGGUUGAGUGCAAUGGUGUCAAGUCUAACAAGUUCCCAUUCACCUACACUGGUGUGUCGGUCACCGACAUCGAACCCAAGCACGGCGACAAGCUGAACCCCGGACCCGUAACCCUCAAGGUCACUGGAACAGGCUUUGGCGUGAACGCUGCCGCUGUCACCGUGACCAUUGGUGGCCUCAACUGUCCCAUCACUGCCAUCAUCAACACGGAAAUCCAGUGCACCAAGCCCGUAUCGCCAGUCACCAACAACGCUGCGCCGGUGGUCGUCACCCGCGGAGCGAGUACCUCGCAGGACGUCGUCAACUUCAACCUGCACGGACUCGAGUGUCUGGGCUAUCCAAACGACCGCGCGCCCGUUCCCUGGUGGUUCUCAUACAAGAUCAGGAAGUCCGAGCACUUCCUGUACUACGACUCCAACAGCCAGGAGUUCGCGCUGCACCACGACAUUGUCCUGGCGACCAACCACCUCCACGCGACAUUCGAGCAGCACCUGUAUGGAUACUACUACCUAUUCUACAAUGAUCAGCCAGACAUCAGAGGUAGCAAGGGCAGCAAGGGCGGCUAUGGCCACGCCAAGGGCUUCUUCAUGUGGGAGCAUGAUGGCACGGGCAUCCACGUGAUCCACUCCAACCCGCAGUUCCCACGUGAGCUCGUCGGCGACGUCUAUGACUUCACGGUACAAGGCUCCAACAACAACAACCAACACUUCUUCUGUUAUAAGUUUGCACCGACUGGACUUGACCGUGUGGCCCUCUACGCACUGCGCAAUCAUGUCUUCUUCUAUCCCCUCGACAACCUGCCAGUCCACCCACCACCUCCCGUUGGAGGCUUCAACUGGGGCAACUACCCCAACCUGGACAAUCUGGUCAACAUCAACAAUGAUGGUGCUAUGAAGGCCCUCGCUGCUGCAUGCCUCGUUCAAAAGGCUUCGAGCAAUAUCUUGUUGAACUUCUGUUACUGGGUUGGUCCACAAUUCACUAUCAAUGGAAUGAAUGCAAACUACUUCAUGAAGACUAAUAUGAAGACUCCGCCAACUUAUGUUGCCGGUCGCCAGGUACAGGUGACAGUGGCCGGCCAUCCUCAAAUCUUGGCCGUCGAUCAAUUCGUCGUGGACAACCCCAACAAGGUCAACACCUACGAGGGCAUUGACAUUUGGCAGGUGAUCACCAAUCACUACGGCCAGAGCAUGUUUGUCCAGACCUGGACGUCCAAGGAGACCAAGUUGGACUCGGUGCCAAGCAUUGCCAAUGUGGAGGUUGUUCGUAUCCCUCGCAACCUCGUCUUCAACAUGGCUGGUGAGGACAUGGAGGCAUUCUUCCCGCACAAGAACGACCAUUCCAAGAUGGCUUACAGUCUCCUUGCCAAGACCACUAACGCUGGUGCCAACGACAACAUGUUCUGUGUUGGUGAUCUAAACCGUCACACUGGCCAAGGUAAGCGUGGUGGUGGAGCACUCUGUUUCCAACACGCUGGUCUCGUCUACCAAUUCAAUCGUUUCGUUCAUGGAUACUCAACAUACGGCUUUAACCUUCACAAGAACCAAGACUGGAUGGCUGCCGAUGGUGGCUUCAUGACUUACUUGUCUGUGUUUGACCUUGUCACUCCUACCCGGGUACAAUUCUCAUCCAAGGUCAAGAGUUUGAAUAAUGCCGGCUAUCCAAACUAUUUGUCGCCUCUCGUUGCCAACGAGCGUCCACAAGAGAACGAAGGCUACGUCGUCUACGCUUCGCCAAUCCAAAUGCCAAUCCAAUUCACCAUCCCGCCCACCGAAGCCUGGGCCAACCCCAUCUACUUUGAGAUCAAGGACAGCAUCUGGGACACGGUCAACGCCCAGGAAGACACACUCAAGCGCCUGCCCGCCUACACCCAGAACGUGGCCGUCAACACGCUGUACCAGGUGGACAACAUGAAUUCGCUGCGCACGGUCGGUCCACAGAACACCAUGGUCAUCAGAACAAUCCCCAGGACCAAGACAUUCACCGCCGGCGCGACCACGAUCAAUCCCAGCGGUGGAACGCACGUCGACACUGUGACCACCUUCACCCCCAUCAACCCCAACAUCGUGCAAUCCGCACAGGUGCUCAAUCAGCUGCAGAUAAUGCCCGCCGUUAACGCGGGCCCGAACCAGCAAGCACUCAAUAGGGCUGCCGCGCACCAGUUGGUCAACCCGCGAACUUACAACGAGUACGAUGUGGAGACGAUCGUCACGGUGGGCUUCGAGUCGUCGCCAAAUGGCAACGUCAGUCCGCUGCUGGACAUCCGCGCGCAUGAUGUGUGCGCCGUGUUCUACAUCGCACACGAUCCGGCUGUUGCCACCAUCUGCACGCUGGUCGAUCUGCAGAACGACAUCAACCAGCCGUGUGUCCCCGCUGUCGCCCUGAGCAACCAUCUCACCGCCACCGGCGCGCCCGCGCCACCCGUGUUCCCCAACGUCCGUGCCCCUCCCAACCCCGAGGUCAUUGGACAGCGCGACUAUGACGUCUUUGUCAUCCCCACGUUCUUGUGCAUCCGCCAUGUGUUCAAACUGCGCACGGCCAUCACCCCGCACCUGGGCGGCGUGGUCCUUCCCACGCUCUACCCGGUCGUGAUCGACCCGUUGCACGUCAACAACCCAUACGCCCAGGUACCCGACCACAAGAUCAUGGCCACCACCGUGGACUGCCUCGACGAGAUCACCUACAACAUCCUGAUCGACGUGAUUGGCGCUGAAAAGUUCGUCGGUGUGCCCACCUGGAAGCACGCGAUUGUCCUGGCGCUGGCCAAGAAGAUCAACGUCGACGAGAUGGCCAUGACCGCAGGCCUGCAAGUGUGCUUCGACUUUGGAAAUGACAUCGCGGGCGACUUGAACUCGUACGUCGGCGCCGACCCGUUCUACACACAGGCCAAGGUCGUUUGGGAGCUGAUGAACGAGCUGCGUGUCACCGACCCGGCCUCGGUCUUCUCGUGGGACGCUGUGUUCUCGGCCUUCCUGAAGCUGCACCCGCUCGAGAACAUACACUCCAUCCCAGACUUCUUCAUGAACAAGAUGGGUGUGCCCAUCUCUGCGCAGAACCUCAAGAUCAUGGUCGACGAGGGUGUCUUUGUUCCUCCACCCCCCAACGUCGUCGACAGGAAGCGUGCCGCUGCCAUCUUUGGAGGCGGCGGUGGUAUGCCAUUCGUCCACUUCCUCAAGUUGGCCGCGAGACUCGGUGCUGGCCCUGCCCCAGCCCCAGCCCCAGCUCCAGCACCCGCACCAGGACCUCCUCGUCCUGGCAACCAACGUACAUUCCCCACAGCCGUACAAUUCCUCAUUGACUAUCCAGUUACCUUUGAGGGCGAGGCCGUUGCCGCAUUGUCAGACCGCCAGAUUGGUGUUCUGGACCAGGCUAUGGCCAAGUGGGCAACAUUCAACCACGUCAAUCAAGCCGCACGUGUCCUUCUCUGGGACCAAGCACUCAAGACCAGCAACCAGGAGAUCAAGUUCUUGGACGAGAUCACACUCACAUUGGGCCACGAUGGCAGCUACCCCAUGGCACUGUGCUACUCUAGCACUCACAUUGAGUUGUGCUCGCCAAUGUCCAUAGUCACCGCCACCCUCACACUUGAGCGCAUUGUCAUCAACACCGCCCCUGCACAGACCCUGCUCAUGGGCGACCUCUCGCUCUAUUACUAUGCGCGCCCGUCCACCUAUGACGGACCUGUGAUGGCUGGCGUCGAUGGUCUGGCCAUCGCCACAAUCAAUGGCCUACUUUGUGAUAUCCGCAUGAUCGCCUCUGACUCGUUCGUCCCCGACAAUGCCGUGCUCAACAGCUUGUGCCCACAACAAUCUGGCGUGGUUGCCAAUGUAUCGGCCACGGCUGGUACCACCCAGGGUGGCGACACCCUCGUCGUCACUGGCUACCGCUUCACCGGAGGCAUGGCCGUGCUCAUUGGCGACGUGCCCUGCACUACCACCACCCUAGUCUCACCAAACGAACUCGACUGUGUUGUGCCCCCUGGCGCAGGCCGCGAUCACCCCGUCAACAUACUCACAUCGGCCAGAGGCAAGGAAGCCACCGGUUUCUACUACUCAUACAACCGCCCUGUUCUCGGACAAAUAAUGCCAGGCGCUCUGGUCAGCACAUCAGGCGCAAUGAUCACAUUGCUCGGCAGCAACUUUGGAGUGGACGUGGCCAAUGUCACGGUGACGAUCGACAAUGACCGUCCUUGUGUGCCACUCCAACUCAUCUCGCACGAAGAGAUCCGAUGCCAGGCCCCACCAGCGGUCGGCGCCUUCCACUUUGUCAAGGUCACCGUCGCAGGCCAGUCAUCACGACUCGGUGUGCAGCACCUCUUCACCGAUCGCUACCUCACCGCACCCGCCAGCAUCACCUCGAUCAGUCCCAUUGCGAGCCAGGGUGGUCUCCUCCUCAAUGUCACCGGUCUCAACUUUGGCAACGAUGCAGCCAGCCUCACUCAGCUCACAAUCAAUGAAAAGUCAUGUGAUGUUAUUGUGGCCCAGUCCACGCCCACAAGCAUCAUGGCCAAGAUACCAUUUGGCGUACACCCUGGCACUGUGUCGGUGAAUAUCGCCGGCCUUGCUGGCGAGCCCUUCUCCGCAUUCCAGCACUCUACGCCAUUCCUCAACACAGCCAACAUCACACUGCCUACAACUGGUGGCGUCAUCCAACUCAAUGGAGGUUCAUGGCCCAUCUCGCCCAGCGCCAUCGACUAUGUACGUUUGAACGCAACAUUCGACAUCCAGUGUGUGCCAUUCGUCACGUUCCUCGAGUGUACAGUGCCACCUGGUGUGGGCCGCAAUGGACAGCUCACGACAUCAGUAUUCCAACAGGUCAUCAACACUCCAGUGGUGAUAUCAUACCGCACGCCAACCAUUCAGUCGAUCAGUAUCGCUAGCAGUGGUGUCACUAUCCGCGGAACUGAGUUCGCGCCCAAUGGACUAACGAUCAACAGUGCCACAACAUACGUAUCAUUGCUCGACUCGAACAAGGUCGAAGUUGGACGUUGUCCCACCACAUACUUUAUCGAUCAGACCACGAUAAUUUGUCCAGACCUCCCCGCCAGCAACGUUGACUACAUCAAGGUCGUCAUUGGAUCACAGCCAUCCAAUGCCUACUUUGUUGACUCCGCGAUCUCUGGAACAGUGUACAUUGAUUUGGAUCAGAGUGCUACUUACAAUGCCGGUGAUACCCUGCUUGUUGGCGCAACAGUCAGCCUGAAGAACUCAGCUGGCACCGUCCUCAAGUCGGUUGUGACAACAUCCACUGGCAUCUUUGAGUUCCAGUUCUUGGCGCCAGGCAACUACUCGGUCAGCAUCACCACCCCAGCCACCCAUUUCGCUCCAAUUACUUCAUACAACUUUGUUGUUGUAUCUGGUACAUACACUGCCACCUUCUCAACAUUGAUCAAGAAUCAGUAUGGAUGUGAUGCAAGAAUGACCUCCAACACAGGCUACGUGCUCAACCUCCAAUACGGCAGCUUCGACCUCACCAAGUAUGGUUGGUGCAACACCGUCACUCCAUGCCUUGCCCCAUCACAAAUCACAAUGAUACAAGAUUGUGGAUACCAAAUCAAUGGAACAAUCAUUACAAUCUUCUACAAGCAACAACUCAGAUUCGACCUGUUCAAUGAUGUCAAUGUCAAUGGUAUACAUGAUAUAUUGGACACGGGUAUGGCUGCUGGAUCAGUGUCAAUCACUGUCAAGACUCAGGUGGCAGGAUAUGGUGUUGUUUCCAGGACAUUGGUCUCGGCUGUCCCAGGCGAUUGGAUGACUUUUACCGUUCCACUGGGCAAAGCUGACAUCACCGUCACACCACUGGCCUCAACCCUAUUCGUCUCGAUGAAGAAUAGCAUGUCCUACACAUUCACCACCGUCAGUCAAUCGAUCGCAGACAACCUCUCCUUCUACAUUUGGAACAACACACUGUUGUCGCCAGUCACCUUCUAUGACAAGCCCAACCGUGUUGGAGCAUCCCUCACUCUGCCCGUCGGCAUCUUCGACUCGUCCAUGCUCACAAACGUCGGCUGGCUCAACCGUGUCCAGUCCUUCCUCCCCUGCACACGUUGUCGCGUGGCUAUCCAAGUGAAUGGCACCUACACUAACGUGGCCAACACCAACGGCGCACCAGUUGUGAUCAAUAUGCCAGCUCCAGCAGUGAGUGUCCGUGUGGAUAUUGCCGACAUAGACAUGGUCAAGGCCUACAGCGCCACUCCACUGUCCAACUUGGGCCAGGUCAUCACCUUCCGCCACUCAUACCUCUUUGAGCAACCUCAGUUCAAGUCCAACAACGCCUUAGUCACCUGCACAUACAACGCUGCCACCUUGAUGACAUCGUGUACCAUCCCAGCCGGAUAUGGUGCCAUCCAAUUCGUCGUAGUUUGGCGCGGACUCACAAUGUACUCGUACUACACACUCAACUACGCACGCACUUCGCUCAGCGGCUACGUCUACCUCGACACAAACUUCAACAACUUCAAGGACCCAGCAGAGGCCAUCAUGGCGGGCAUCACCGUCAAGUUGUUGCCAGGCACCUUGACAGCUGUGACCGACACGACUGGUAAGUUCACCUUCAUGGAUGUCGUUGCUGGCACGUUCAAUGUGCAGCCACAGCCAGCCGCAACCCACAUCAGACCAGUAGACAUACCAGUCACACUCAACGCAGCCAACGGAUUCACUGCUGCCAAUGUCAACGCUGGCCUUGUCCUCAAGAACACAUUUGGAUGUCUUGGAUCUGUCCUGGUCAAUGGACGCGCAUUUAACUUCCAAUGGGGCCAGUUCAACCUUCAGUGGUACAAGCUGUGCGACACCACUCAGGGUUGCACUAUGACCUCACUCACCGUCGCCCAGCCAUGUGAGGCACUGCCAACAACAGUUUCCCCAUACUACUUCACCGUGCAGUACAAGAACCGUUUGUCCAUCGACAUCUUCAACGACACCAAUGCCAACGGAGUCAAAGAUACCAAUGAGGUCAAUGUCGUUGCACUCAACUCUUCCAAGAUGAUUCUCGACUUGGUCGGAGUUGCUGGUGCCGUAAACACAUUCACAAUCACCGGCCAGAGUGUGUUUACCUACAACGUCCCCACCGACUUCACGCUCAGAACUGUACCACCAACUGGCUACACAGCGACCGUCGCCGUCAAGGUGUUCAAGAUCGCAGUCACAACCGCCACAACCGUUGCGAUCAAGGUUCCCAUGCUCAACACACUGGUGCCAACAGUCACAUUCUGGGAUGCGCCAACACUCAAGGGCAGUGCGAUCAAUAUACCAAUGGGAAGAUGGAACAAUAUCUACCUCACCAACCUCGGCUGGAACGAUAAGAUCAGGUCGUUCCAAGCCCCCAACACAUUGGCCGUAGGAUUGUCCGACGAUACAUUGAUUACCACUCCUCUCACACUCUAUCCCAACCUAGCUGGAGCGAUUGUUGAGUUGGCCACUUCCAACACAUCUCAAGUUGAGGUCAUUCUCAAGUCCAUGUUCACAGGCAUCUCAGGCAUCCCCACUGGUGGAGGCUCCAUCGCCAUCACCAAGCAGUAUCCAUACUACUUCCCUCAGCCAGUCUUCAAGCUCAAUGGAGUCGCCCUGGUAUGCACAGCGAGUGCCUGCACAAUUCCCGCUGGUAUUGGAAGAGCCAUGAUCACGGCAGUCUGGAACGGACUGACCCUGUAUCCAUACUUUGAAAUCACCUACGCCAAUCCAUCACUGGGCUAUCUCGACAAAUCACUUUCCCAGCUGGGUGGCGCGGAACUGAUCCUCAUCGGAUCCAACUUCCCCUCGACUCCCGCCCUGGCGGCCAACUCUACAAUUAAGGUCGAUGGCCAGCCAUGCCAAGCACUCACAUGGAUCAGCACCACCAAGAUCAUCUGUAUCACAUCGCCCAUCACACCAACGACGGUAAACGGCAAGGUUGACUUUUACAUUGGCAACCUGCCCAUGGUCACUGGCACUUUCUUGUACAAAACAGUCAAGUGUCGCGGUGCCCAGUUCUUCCCCAGCCUGAGCUUUGGAGGCACGCCACAGACCGUACCGUAUGGCACCAACAACCUUGUGCCCGCAACAGCCUUCCAAUCAAUGCAGUGCUCUUGGUUCUGUUUCUGCCAGGUGCAAUCACCCGACCCCAACUGGAACAAGAACUACAACUCCUACAACUUUAACUCUGGACACUCUGCCACAGCCGCACAGAUCAAGGUGUCUGUUGGUUACGCCAAGUGUAACACAGCCUAUUUCUCCGAUGUCAGUGGCAAUCUGUUGAGACUUGAGCUGCCGCUCAAGACACACGACCUGGCCGCAGUGGGCUGGGCCAACAGAAUCGCCAAGUUCACAGACAACAACAACAUUGGUUGUAAGGUGACAGUAUAUGUUGGAACAUCAACGACUGGAAUCACAUUGCUCUCUGGCGUGGACUUUGCCAACUUCCCAACCUACUACCAAAAGAUCACACGUGUCAAGGUUGAAGACUAUCCCGACCUUGGAGGUGAGAAUGUCACUCCAUGGUCAUCAUCGCCAAACCUCAACCAAAUGGGAUCAGGAAACUAUGUCAAUCGUUAA